AUGCUGGCCAUUGUCACCGAAUGUCAGAGUCUUGCUCGACAUUGGGAGUGGCUGCGUACCAAGUCCGGUGGCUCGGAGGCAUUUAGCAAGGUGAUUCAAAGCACAAAAACCGCAUUAAAAGCUGCAGCAGAGUCUGAUUUCACACCCGGAAUGGUGUUCGAUUACUCGUCUGCCUCCACCAAAACCGUCCAGACAUCUAUCAAUGCGGCAGUGGAACACAUUCAAGAAAUCAUUGAGCAGGCUUCAAAGUUCAAUAAUCUCUUUGGCGAAGCCAGAGCUAAGGAUCAAGCGCUUCUUAGCGAUCUGAAGACGCGUUUGUCUGCUGAAACGCCGCUGGUCGAGAAGCACGAAAUGAUCAAAGUAGAAGUCGAAAUCCGGGAUAUUGGCUCGAUCAAAGCGAAAACUAUGGAUUUCAUGAUCAAGUCUACCGACACUCUCAGUGUUCUGCUCUUCUGUGUCUGCGCUCGGAUACCUCCUAGUGAUGCCGCUGUGCUGAGAACCAGAGGUGUCUUUAAGAGAGAUAUUGCAGACAACCAGGAGAUGAGCACCGCUACACCAGCAAACGCGCUGCAAGGCAAGGUGUUUUUGGUUGAAUGGGCCAGUUCGGAAGCAUAG